AUGUUGUCAAACGCUAAUAUGCUCAUGUCACCAAUCCUGUCUGUCAAUCUGUCCAAGGCAUUACAGUUACAAGGCAUUAAGAUUAAUACAGUAGACAGUAGACAUGGAUGUGAAGAUGAAACGUGUCAUGUACUUACAUAUCAAGGACUUUGGUCCACUCAGUGGCCAUCGGCCAUCCCGUGCGCCGUAAACAUGUUUUUUUUUAUUUUUUUAUUUUUUUAAUGAAAUAUUUAUAGGUAUUUAGAUUCUAGAUCGCAAAUAACUUACAAUAUAACGAGUAAAAUAACUUUUCAACGUGAUAAUAACACAUCAAUAACCGUGCCGAAAGAAGUACAAUUCAACAAUAAACUAAGUAACCAUUCGUUAUGGUAGGUAACCUAUAUAUUAUAGGUAUUCUCGUGACAACUAUUACAGUCCUUAUGUAUAGACUAAUAAGUGACGUAUGAAUUAUUUUUUUGGUUUAACGUUUUAGAUUCUGAGUAUAGCUAAGAAUGUAUUGGCAUUACUAACAUGUUUUUUUUUUUUUUUUUUUAUAUAUACUGUGUACACAAAUUAUACCACAAAUCUUGCUCAGAUAUAUAUGCGCGACACUAUUUCUGAAAGUGAAUGUUAUCCAGAUGAUGCAUUUAGGAGGUCAUUUUUUGAUUUUCCAAACAGUUUUCAUAAUAUCUGGGAAAAACCACGAUAAAAUGUAAGAAAAACGGGAAAUUUACGAAAAUAAUGCAUUUAUUAUUUUUCAAUUUUUUUAUUUGUUGUAAUUCAAUUAAAAAUAUUCGUAGAAACUUGAAAUUUGGACAGAAAAUUUUUUUUAUGUCUUUUCUAGACGUGGUAAAAUUUUCAAAAAAAUGUAAACCAUUUUUGACCUAUUUAUAGACAUUUAAAUUUUGAGAGUUUUGUACAUAAUUUUUAUUCGAUUGGUACUCGAUUAGGUGGUAAAAUUGUUAGACUUCAUAGAAAAGCUUGAAAAUUUAACAGGAGGUUCAUUAAAAGUUUUAGUUAAUUGUAAAAAAAAAAAAAUUGAGUUUAAUGUAGUAUUUUUUUUUUAUAAAGGAACUUGAAUAUCAAAUUUUGAUGAAAAUUGUUAAGUAAAAAAUUAUGUGGAACAAACCUAAUUUUCCAAUUUUGUUUUUUUUUUUGAACAUAUGUAUAUUGACGAUUUAUUUAACGAUGAUGAAGUCAGCGAAUUGAGCGAAUUGACUAAAUUUAAAAAUUAUAGCUUUUUGAAAUUCUGGUGUUAUGCGGAUAUGAUAUGUUAUGUUAAAUAUUGUACCCCCUCAAGCAUAUUUGUCGUAAUCUAAUGGUUAUUGAUGCCUAUUAUCAUUCUUAGAGACCCAAGCCAUCGCUCGCUCGGAAUUUUUAUCGCAAAAUACCCUUCGAUUUGUUGUGCGAACUUUUCUACCUAAAAUCUUCCUCCAAUGCUUCAAAGCAUCACUAUCAACUGAAUUGUGCCCAGAGUCGUUUUUUCGUUAGCAAUGGUUUAUCAUUGCUUUCAGAUAUACAUUAAAGUACCUAUAACAGUUGCUUCACUCAACCCCAUUAUCCUAGGACGUCUUUUUUUUUUUUAUUUCAUCCAUAACACCAAAGCAAUCCAUAAAUUAAUAAAAAAAAAAUUCAAUUUCCGUAUCAAAAAUACCCAUAACACCUCUUUAGAGGUUGAAUUCGGGGUAAAAAGUAACUUAUGUGAUAUUCCUGAUCAAGAGUUACAUUUACGCAAAAUUUCAGCUUAAUCCGAUCAGUAGCUUUAGCGUGUUGAGAUGAUAAACAUUCAUCCAACCAAACUUUUGCAUUUAUUUAGGUUUCCAUGCGUAAGCAAAAUACUAUACUAGGUUACCGAAUUCUUUCGAAAUUGUUUAAUAUGGCAUUGUAAUACACAUAUCGUUAAGAAUUCGUUUAGAAACCGCUUAGGGAACUCAGCACGCUCGUAGAGCGGAAUUCUCCGACUUGUUUAUUAAUAAAAAAAAAUUAUUAAAAAUAAUAAAUUCUGCCCUAUGAGGUACCUAGGUGUUGGAUACUAUCGAGGACCGCGGUAUCCGGUAACCCGGUUCACCGUUGCCCGGUAACCGCGGGCAUGUAAAAUAUAAAUCCGGUCCGCGAUAAUUACACGUCCUCGCGUAAUACAUUGAUAAUAAUUAUUAUUGCGAUUUGUUUUAUACAAUAAUAUAAUAAUUGCAUAGCACUGUAUCGUCGUUGGCCAUCACUCGCAGUGCGACGCGACAUUGCCGGCGAACGCGCCCGCGAUGAGGCGUUGCAACUGCUGGCACGCGUAUUCGUUUCUACUACUCGCAGCUGUGACGUGCAAGCAGACGGCCACCGUUGACACCCAGAUUGCUUCACAGGAAUCAUCUUGCGAUUCUCACGAAGGGUCUCAGAAUUCCUACGAAGGGUCUCGCAGUUCCAAUGAAGGGUCGCGUAAUUCCGAAGAAAGGUCUCGCGGUUCCGACCACGCGGCCGUCGUCACUGCCGCCGAAAUAACGGCCAUCCCUGCAGCCGCGGCCGCUGCUGCCACAGCCGCCGACACCACGAUGGACGCGAUAGCCAGAUCGGCCACCAGGUCAUUCGACAGACCUCACGAAGAUCAUAACAAUAACAACAACAACAAGCCUUCGGCCGGCCGUCUCAACGACCAGAUAGUUCGGCAGACCAACGAUCUCAACAAGGCGGUCGCCGUGCUGGCCAGCGCUCAGAAACGCGAACACAAGAUGGCCUUGCUGGAGCGAGAGAAAUGCGAGUGA